AUGUCCUGCUCUAACCUGUGCGCCCCUUCCUGUGGGGUGGUCGCCCCGGCCCCACUGGCUGACACUUGCAACGAGCCCUGCGUGCGGCAGUGCCCUGACCCUCCGGUGGGGAUCCAGGGAGGGUAUGGGGGUUAUGGAGGCUAUGGGGGCUAUGGGGGUUAUGGAGGCUAUGGGCUUUAUGGGGGCUAUGGAGGCUUUGGGGGUUGUGGAUAUGGUGGCCGGCUCAGUUGCCACAGGUACCUCAGUGGCAACUGUGGGCCCUGCUAA